GUAUGAAAGCUUCUGUGGCUGCUGCCGCCAUUCGGUAUGGUGUUGUAGAAACGGUUGGGGAUUCAAUGUGCAUCACUGACCUGUUCCAGGCUCUCGACGACAUGAAACAACUCAAUUCAAAUAUGAAACUCGAGAUUGUCAAUUUGAAGAAGACCAAAGAGACCUCCGAAGAUAUGAUCAGCAUUCCUGGUAUCGGAGAUCCCCUUCUUGAAUGCGGAGAUUCGGCUGCAGAGAAAAGUCCUAGAGAGCGAGAGAGAUGUGAACUGAAGGAGAUGUUAGAAGAUUUUCAAUACCAGACCUGCAGACAAGGAAGUUUGAUCAAGAAGCUCAGAUACCAACUCUCUGUCUUCCACAAGAACAUGCUCCAUGAAGAGGACUCGGUGUAUGACAACAUGAACUACAUAGACCGAGCUGUGAUUGAUAGGAUUCUUUCAGAUGUGAAGGUGCCCGUCAUCAAGUCUGAAGACCUUUCAUUCCUGGUCGGAGCCAACGUCGAUGGGGAUGAUGAUCUCGUCGGAAAGGGUUCAUUCGGGAAAGUAUUCUUGAGGCAGUACCAAGGCGAGGCUGUAGCCGUCAAAGUGCCUUACAACGGCGAGGGAGUCAGGGAUGAAGAUGAUGAAAAGAGGAUGGUUCGAAUCAAAGCCGAUCACGCUCGUACCACCAUGGAAGCCCUAGUCAAUCUCGCCUUCGCUGACCACCCCUCAUUCCCGAAGACAGUCGGCAUCGUUGACAUCGGAGGUGCUCCAUCACUUGUCCUCGAGUUCCUUGGUGAUAAGAACACCGGUACAAUCUACACGCUCAGUCAGGCUAUCAAGUUCCAAAUUCCAGCUCUCUCCAAAGAAAAUUGGUUCGUCAUCAUGAUGGACAUCAUCCACGGAUUGAAAGCCAUGCAUGAGAAAGGUCUCUUGCAUAACGACCUGAAAGCUAAUAACAUCCUCUUACAAUGGGACCUUGAAGAUCAACGAUGGCAUGCUUUCAUCAUUGACAUGGGCAAAGUCUCUACCCAGACCAUACCACUCAGGCACAAACAGCUACCCAAAGAGGAGUUAGAAGGGUACAAGAAGGGCACCCUCUUCCCGCAUCUGGCUCCAGAGUACAUCCUAGAUCUACAACCCAUGACUAUUCAAACUGACAUCUAUUCCUUAGGCAAGGUCCUGGCUCGUAUCGAGAAGGUGAUUAGGAGUCGACCUCUGCGUGACCUAGCAGAUGAGAUGACCCAUGUUAAAGCUCGUCUACGACCCUCAUGGAAACACAUUGAGAAGGUCAUCACCAAAGCACAGAGGAGAAAUAUCUCAUAAUCUUGCCAUG